CAGCCCAAUAAGAAGAACAAACCAUCUUUCUCCAAAAUUAGCUGAGCAAAAGAUCCGAAGAGAGAAACUCCAAUCCCAAAUUCGAUCGAAAGAGAAAGAGAGAGAUCUAUCGAAGGCGAAAAUGGCGGAAGAUUUGGUAUUGGAUACAGCCAUUAGAGACUGGGUAUUGAUUCCAUUAUCAGUGGUUAUGGUUCUAAUUGGAGUACUUCGUUACUUUGUCUCAAAGCUUAUGAAGGGUUCUUCUCAAAUACCUGAUCCUAAAAUCGUCAAAGAAGGGCAAGUGAUAAUUAGGGCAAGGAAUUUGAGAGCUGGGGCUAAUUAUAUUCCAGCUAAAUCGUUUCGUGCAAGGAAAGCUUAUUACAGCAAUGAGGAAAAUGGAUUACUCCAUGUUCCCAAGGGCCAAGCUGCGAAUCCACAGGCACAAAUGUUCUCUGACCCAAACAUGGCUAUGGAUAUGAUGAAGAAGAAUUUGUCAAUGAUAAUCCCUCAGACUCUUACAUUUGCAUGGGUCAACUUCUUCUUCUCUGGGUUUGUAGCAGCGAAGAUACCUUUUCCAUUAACUCAGAGGUUCAGGGCCAUGUUACAAAAUGGCAUUGAUCUAAGCACAGUUGAUGUCAGUUACGUCAGCAGUCGUUCAUGGUAUUUUCUCAAUCUGUUCGGAUUAAGGGGUUUGUUCAGCCUCAUUCUCGGAGAAGAAAAUGCAACUGAUGAUACUCAACGCAUGAUGCAAAUGAGCGGAUUUGGUAUGGACCCCAGCAAGACUUUGGGAGCAGAAAAGGACGGAUUAGACAUUGUUCAGCAUGAUUGGGUGCUACCUAAAUUCGAGCAGCGAGCUGAAUCAGUCUUGCGGAAACUUGUGAAAUGAGGAUCUGCGUUGGCGUUAUUUCGUAUUUGGAUAUGCAGCAUUUUGCUUGCUGAUCGAGCUUCUUCUCGAUGCAUGUGGUCAUCGUUGCUGAAGACGGUAUACAUUGUUCAAAAGCCAAGAUGCUUGUCAUAGUAACUUUUGUUUUCUCUUUACCGAAGUUGGUGAAUUUGCUGCCACUUUCAUGUAGUAAUAGUUUUGAAAUUUCUCCAACUCUAUAAUUUUGGAUGCAAGUUAGUAACUGUAAGCUUUGAUGAAUUAACCAUUUUGGUUGUGAUUUAUGAUAUUUUCCUACUAGAGACCACAUUGAA